CCUAACCUCUUCGCAAGCGGCGGCGCGGUUUGAGGCCGAGCGGAGUAUCGUCGUCAGCCGCUCGUCGAGGAUCAUCAUGCUCUCGCGUCACGCGAGCAAACUCUUGCGGCACUCGUACUCGCGUGCCGUCUCGAAUCGCCGCGGCUUCGCCUCGGCGGACGUAGAAAGAGAUCCAACGAAGAGAGAUCCAGCGCUGUUGUUCUUCGACAAGGAAGUUCAGGCGUGUCUCAGGACGCUGGCGACGGUGGACUACCCGAAGGUUUUUCGGAAUCGCGCGGACGAACACAAGCUCGAGCCGCCGCAGUACAAGUUCAUGACGGACGAGCAGCUCGAGGCAGCCACGCAACAGGCCAAGUUCAGGGCGGAGAGGCUUCUGCAGAUGCCGCCCGUGGUGAAGCAGAGAGUGGAUCCGUCCGCGCCGUUGUGCGAGGAAGUCGCGCUGCAGGGUCACGACACCGUCAAAUACGUCUUCACCGACAUCACGUACGGCAUUAGGCACAGAGAAAGAUUCAUAGUGAUCAGAGAGCAGGACGGCACGCUCAGACACGCCACUUGGAAGGAGCGCGACAGAAUGAUACAAACCUUCUUCCCGAGACCGGGAAGGGUGAUAGAUAAACCAAAGAUGUUUGAAGGCGAAUACUUGGAGGACUUGUUGAAUCGCAGCGAGUACGAGUUUAUACUGGAUCGCGCCUGCGUGCAAUUCGAGCCGGACGAUCCGGAUUAUCAAGCGGUCACGCGGCAGGUCUACGAGCACAUAAACGCCGAGAGGCGCUUCGACCUCUUGAGAUCCACGCGCCACUUCGGGCCGAUGGUGUUUCACCUGGUGUGGACGAGCAACAUCGACAAUCUGCUGUGCGAGAUGGUCGAGACCGGCCGGAUCAAAGAUGCCGCGCUCCUGAUACGCCUAUACCAUAUAAUUCAUCGCGUCAAGUCGGAGCUCGAGCAGUGCGACUCCACGGACGACGUGGAAUUAGUCGCGCAUUACUUGUGCGUGACGCCCCUCCAGCCGGCGACGAGAAACAAGAUCCAGAGGCUCCUGCAGUCGUACAAGGAGAUGCAACAAGAACGCCAAGUCGUCGCGGAGGGCAUUAAACAGGCGCACGGCUUUUCUCCGGAGACAGAUCAAGUGUAAAUAUAUCAAUAAGUAUCUAAUAUUAUUCCUUGUCAUGGUGUAAUUAUGGAUUAUAGAAACACGCGUGAAUUAAACAGCUCAAUUGCGUUUAAUCGGAGAA